AGAAAAGAAAAAGGAGAAGGUAAAAAACGUACAUCUGAAACAACGUUUUGCCCUGUGUUGUCUAGAUCUCUCUCUCUCUCUCUCUCUCUCUCUCUCUCAUCACCAUGACGAAGCAGCAGGCAAACUGGUCUCCUUAUGAUAACAACGGAGGAACAUGCGUUGCGAUCGCCGGAGCUGAUUACUGUGUGAUUGCAGCCGACACUCGAAUGUCCACGGGCUACAGUAUACUCACUCGCGAUUACUCCAAAAUUAGUGAACUUGCGGACAAAUCUUUGAUGGCUUCUUCAGGAUUUCAGGCUGACGUGAGAGCUCUGCAAAAGCUCUUGUCAGCUAGGCAUUCGUCAGGGAGUGGGGGAGGGUUUUGUUGGAGAUUAAUGGUGGCAAAUAUGAGGCUGAAGAUAUUGAUGAUGAUGUAUGGACUAUGGACUGUGUUUAACUUGUUCACACUACCAGACAACGGAUGUGCUUUAGUUUCUCGUCCAAGGAACAAUAUAUGUAGUUUCCAUCCCAGGUCUUUUGAUAGCUGUCACUCUCAGAUUUAUCAGCAUCAACACAACAAGCAGAUGAGCUGCCCUGCAAUGGCCCAACUGCUCUCAAAUACCCUGUACUACAAACGUUUUUUCCCAUACUAUGCUUUCAAUGUUCUAGGUGGCCUUGAUAAUGAAGGAAAGGGUUGUGUCUUCACAUAUGAUGCGGUUGGAUCCUAUGAGAGGGUUGGCUACAGUGCUCAAGGUUCUGGUGCCACACUCAUCACUCCUUUUUUGGACAACCAACUGAAGUCUCCAAGCCCUCUUUUGUUACCUGCCAAGGAUGCUGUUACUCCUCUUUCGGAAUCAGAAGCUAUUGAUUUGGUGAAGACUUGUUUUGUAUCGGCGACAGAAAGGGAUAUAUACACUGGAGACAAGCUUGAAAUUGCCAUCCUAAAUGCUGAUGGUAUUCGUCGUGAAUACAUGGAGCUCCGGAAAGAUUGA